CUGGAAGUUUUCAAGUUGCGGUUUGAUUGCAUUUUUGCUAUUAGCAGAUGGUAAUGUAUGUAGAAACUGCAGGUACAUGCUUAGUCAAGAAGGUCAGGAAGCUGCACGUGAAUGUCUCAUGAGGUCUGGUAUGGAAAACCCCAUUGAAAAAACUGCUAAUGCCAAAGUGCUUUCUGUUCUGGAUGUGGACAAUAUUUCACAUCAGGAGCUUGCUCAUCCUGACUCAGCCACAGAAAUAAUAUUGUUAUCCACUACUGUGAGUAGGAAGAAGAAAUCAUUUGAUAUUCCACAGCUGUACAUUGAGAAGAGUCAUCAUGUGCCAAAGUCUAGAUCAGAUGGUUUCAAAGCAAGUUCGAAUGUCUUUUCCUUGCCGCCUCUAAGCUUUGGGGAGAGAUUUGAAGAUGCAUAUGAAGUGAUCUUGAUUUUGGAUGAUCGAGAGCAAUUUGCCACUCGGGGAUCACGGCCUGGGAGAAUAAUUGAGAAUGUUCGUACUCAAUUCAAAAUCAAAAUAGAGGUCAGUUCUCGAAGUUGUUCAUGUGCUAGUUCUUCUAAUACUUUAUUUGAACAUUAA